AGCAUCCCUAAAAAUCGCCUCUGUCAUACAACCAGGAAGAAGGUGGGAUAGCCCUUCAAAGCUAACAUCCCCAAUCUUUCUGCCCACUCGCUACAAAAAUAAUGGGAUCUCCCAGGUGGAAGGUGGCAGCGGCGGCGUUUCUCGCUCUAGUCGGCUCUUUAUUACUAGUCGAUGCAGAUGAACAUGACCACACGUAUACAGACAAGGAGGAGGUAGUUUUAUGGAUGAACACAGUGGGGCCUUACCACAAUCGACAGGAGACGUACAAGUACUUCUCUUUGCCCUUCUGUGUGGGAUCCAAGAAGACCAUCAGUCAUUACCAUGAGACGCUGGGAGAGGCUCUGCAGGGAGUAGAGCUGGAAUUCAGUGGCCUAGAUAUAAAGUUCAAAGAGGAAGUCAUGCAGACAACAUACUGUGAAAUUGAGCUGGACAAAGCCAAACGGGACGCCUUCGUCUACGCCAUAAAGAAUCACUACUGGUACCAAAUGUACAUUGACGACCUGCCCAUCUGGGGCAUUGUUGGUGAGGCAGAUGAGAACGGAGAAGAACACUACCUGUGGACAUACAAGAAACUGGAGAUCGGCUUCAACGGCAACCGAAUUGUUGAUGUUAAUCUGACCAGCGAAGGAAAAGUCAGACUCAUGCCAAACACAAGAAUUGCAAUGUCUUAUUCUGUAAAAUGGAAGAAGUCAGAUGUAAAGUUCGAAGACAGAUUUGACAAGUACCUUGAUCCAUCCUUCUUUCAGCACAGGAUUCACUGGUUCUCCAUCUUCAACUCCUUCAUGAUGGUCAUUUUCUUGGUCGGUCUGGUGUCCAUGAUUUUAAUGAGAACACUCAGAAAGGAUUAUGCCAGAUACAGCAAAGAGGAGGAAAUGGACGACAUGGACAGAGACCUGGGAGAUGAGUACGGGUGGAAGCAGGUUCAUGGAGAUGUGUUCCGGCCGUCAAGCCAUCCUCUGAUCUUCUCUUCAUUAAUUGGCUCUGGCUGUCAGAUCUUUUCCGUCUCCCUCAUUGUCAUCAUCGUCGCUAUGGUUGAGGAUCUGUACACAGAGAGAGGAUCCAUGCUGAGCACAGCCAUCUUUGUGUACGCUGCAACCUCCCCUGUCAAUGGUUACUUUGGGGGAAGCUUGUAUGCAAAGCAAGGAGGCAGAAGAUGGAUUAAACAAAUGUUCAUCGGAGCCUUCAUGAUCCCCGCUAUGGUGUGUGGUACUGCCUUCUUCAUCAACUUCAUUGCUAUCUACUACCACGCCUCCAGAGCCAUCCCCUUUGGCACCAUGGUCGCUGUCUGCUGUAUCUGCUUCUUUGUCAUUCUGCCACUAAACCUGGUUGGAACCAUUCUGGGGAGAAAUCUGUCUGGCCAGCCCAACUUUCCCUGCCGAGUGAAUGCUGUGCCUCGGCCGAUCCCAGAGAAGAAGUGGUUCAUGGAGCCGGCGGUCAUCGUCUGCCUCGGAGGCAUCCUUCCAUUCGGCUCCAUUUUCAUUGAAAUGUACUUCAUCUUCACAUCUUUCUGGGCCUAUAAAAUCUACUACGUGUACGGCUUCAUGAUGCUGGUCCUGGUGAUUCUGUGCAUCGUGACGGUGUGCGUCACCAUCGUCUGUACGUACUUCCUGCUCAACGCUGAGGACUACAGAUGGCAGUGGACCAGCUUCCUCUCUGCUGCAUCCACUGCAGUUUAUGUUUACAUGUACUCCUUUUACUACUAUUUCUUCAAAACCAAGAUGUAUGGGCUGUUUCAGACAUCCUUCUACUUUGGCUACAUGGCUGUGUUCAGCACUGCCCUAGGCAUCAUGUGUGGGGCCAUCGGAUACAUGGGAACAAGUGCCUUUGUGAGAAAGAUCUACACAAAUGUGAAAAUUGACUAAGAAGUGAAGCAGCAGCACAGGGAUAUUAAUGGAUUUGCCUAUGUGUAUCCUGAAAGACAGCGGGCACAAGUCAUUCUUUAUUACUUUUUCUUGCAAAGAGAUUGUGUGAAUCUCACUUUGUACAGCAUAGGUUUUUUUUUUUUCCUUUUUUGAAUUUCGACAUUGCAACUCAGAACAAAAAAAGCAAAUCUACAGCGGAGAUCUUAAACACAGUUAUGUUUUUAAGUUGCUUUCAAAGAAAAUAUUGGGGCAAAUUUUAAAGGUUGACAUGACUUGUCUGAUCCAAACCAGUCCCAGCUGAGACCAGAGAAUAUACAUGUGUACUGAUGGAAUAGUGUAGAUCUCUUCAGUGAAGAGGCCUAGGUGUACUGAAAGCCUUUGUUCUAUUGUGUCAGAAUAUUGGGGGGUGGGGGUGCCCGUGUUCCCGCUUGAUUUCUAUUUUGUAUUCUUGCAGUCACUCAUUACUACACAGUAGUAAUGUGUUCAGAUUUUCCUCUACUGCAUAAAGAUGAUAUAAAAACGCUGUCGUUCAUGAGAAUCAUUCCCCCAUUUUGACAAUUCUUAAUUCCCUGUUACAGUAGCAGUCCAUUCAGCUCCGAGAUUUUGGUCCUGCUGUAGUUUACAGUGACGAGGACAGAACGAACAGUUGAGAUUUAGCAAGAGAUGAUUUUUAAUGGAUGUUUGUGAUCCAAUUUCCCGGUUUAGUCUUUUUCUUAAUGUUUGGGUUUGAAUGAAGUCUACUUGUAAAGAUAAUAUAUGGAUGGGGGAGUGUAUAUAACCUUAAUGUAACUUUAGAUGUAGAUCCCAACUGUAUUUUCGUUGUACAGAUUUAUUACAGGGUGUUUUUUUUUUUUUAAGGAAUCAUUCAGUUAAAAACAAUAGUUUGCUUUUUUCCAUUUGGUGCUUGGGGCGGGGCUGGUGGCACUGUUACAUCUUGCCUGAAAUUGCAUGAAGUUUUCAAACCAUGGGCUGAGAAAAUGACAUCUUAGCGUGGUCUGUUUUUGGGUAGGGGGUGUCUGAUUGAGCAUCUUGUCACUCCCAAAAUGUAAAGCUACAUUUUGGCCUAUGGAGACUUCCAUUGAGUUCCUGUUUUAUUUAAAGCUUUAAACGUCUUCUGGUAAGCCAUUUCCCCUCUUUUUUUUGUUGUCUGAAACAUCUGAAUGUCUGGAAAAAUGGGGCGGUUGCUUUGUUUUGAAACAUACUGUACAAAGUGAAGUUUAUGUACACUUAAACCUAGAUGUAACCACACACAGUGCUGCAGAGUGUUUCAGAUGUCCCCUACCCCCCAUUUUGUGUAAAUACAGUAUGUUCCCUACUUGUAUGAAAAGUGGCAAAUGCCCUUUUCUCCCAAUUACCUGUUCUUCCCCCACUGAAGUUGAUUUUGGCACCUCACAAUGUGUACUGAUGUCAAAUUAGACAUUUUGAACCUGCAUAUUAACUUGCUGUAAAAAGAGAAAAUAAACAUGUUUAUGUACAGGG